AAUGUUUUUGAAUCUACUGAUAAUAACAGCAAGCUUUUUGGCCAGAAGUAUGACAGAUGAUAGUAAUGUAGACAUAACUAAAGGUCCGCCCGAUUAUGACAAGCCAUGGGUKGACGGCUGGGGAUUCAACGUUAGUGAUCCGACUCUAUGGAAGCAACUGCACGACCAAAUAGUUAACACAACCCUUCAACACAAGGAUGACAUAAAAGUAGUGUUUUUAGGCGACUCUAAGAUUGCAAGAUAUAUGUCUGAGGGAAAGGCCGUUUGGGACGAGUAUUUCCGCAAAGAUGGCUAUUAUAACUAUGGUAUACGUGGAGACAGUACUCGACAAAUAUUGUGGCGAAUGAGUCACCAGGAGUUUGAAGGAUUGACACCUAAAGUACUAGUCUUUAUGAUCGGUGGCAAUAACUUUAAAAAUAAUUAUAACAAAGGAACCGACGAAGAGAUAAUCAAAGCUAUGGUUAUCAUAAUAGAUAAACUCAAGGAAAUGCUACCGCAAACAGAGAUAGUAAUUGUGGGACAAUUGCCUCGUAAAGGUAGUACAGAUAAGAGGGCCCGUAAUAUACACCAACAGCUGAAAGAUGAUUACCAGAAGAAAACAGUAACAAAAGUGCACUUUUUAGACAUCUUUGAUGAAUAUCUCAAAAGUAAUGGCAAACAAAACAAACAGCUUUUCAUUGAUGAUGGCAUUCAUCUCAAUGAAGAUGGAUAUCGCAUAUUAGCCAAACAUAUGACUACUAUAAUCGAUAAAUUGUUGAAAUGAUAAUAAUAAUGUAUUUUGAAAUAGUUAUUGUAUCAUAUU